AUGUUCAAACAGCUUUUCACAAGAAAUUCCACAAGUCAUCAUUGUCAUGGUGAUUUCGUCAAAUCCCUCUAUUCUCAUUUGAAAAGUAAUCAGAGUGGUCAUUUCCAUAGCAACAUUUGUUCGAUUCAAAGAAAAAUGCUUCAUAUUGAUAUAGAUGCCACAAACGAAACUAUUCCGAGGAUUGGAUGCCAUUCUCCUGAAGACAUACCAAAAAUCGUAGCUGAGAGAAAAGAUCAUAUCACCUCCUAUCAUGGACGAAAACUAUCGGAUCCAUAUUAUUGGCUCCGAGAACGAGAAAAUGGUGCUGUGAGAAAAUUGAUAGAGAGCGAAAAUCAAUAUCAAAAGGAAAAGAUGAAGCCGUUGAAGAAUUUGCAAGAUACCAUCUUCAAGGAAAUUAAAAACCGAAUCUUGCAAACCGAUGAAUCAGUGCCAUAUGUUUGGAAGGACUAUUUGUAUUAUUCAAGGACGGAAGAUGGAAAGGAUUACAAGAUAUAUUGUAGAAAAGCUCUUGGAGAAGGUAAAGAAGAAGAAAUUCUAAUAGAUUUGAAUGAAUUAGCCAAAGAACUCGAAACCGAUUUUUUAGAGCUAGGAAUGUAUGAAAUUUCGCCUGACCAAAAUAUUAUGGCAUUCUCCAUUGAUGUAGAUGGAGAUGAGUUUUAUGAUUUGUAUUUUAAGGAUUUGUCCAAUGGCAAAAUUUAUUCUUUCUUUUUUAGUAAGGAAGAAAAUUUGGACACAAGCUUUGAAUUUGGCAAUGAUUCUAGAACAGUUGUAUUUGCUGUCUGCGAUGAAGCACAUAGACCAUUUAGAGUUUAUAGGAAAACUCUUGAAAUGAACAGUUUUGUUGACAAGCUGGAAGAUUGUGAACCAUUAAGCGUGAAAGCAGAAUGUGAAUUGAUAUUUGAAGAGCUUGAUGAAAAAUUUUUUGUUUCAGUAUCCAAGACAUUAUCUGAAGAAUUUAUAUUUGUGGACACUUGUUCUAAUAACACGUCCGAGUACUAUUAUGUAAGAACAGAUGAUUUACCAAAAGAUAAUUUAAAGCUCUUUGCUAAUAAGAAGAGAAAAGAAGGAGUUGAGUUUUACAUUUCUCAUCACACCAAGCAUUUCUACGUUUGGCACAAUGAUGAUGGGUUUGUCAAUUUUAGAUUAAUGAGAACUCCUGUUGAGAACCCUGAUUUCAAUAAUCUUGAAGAAGUACUGCCUUACAAUUCUGAGUUUUAUAUUGAGGAUCUUAUUUGCUUUAAAAACCAUCUUGCAUUAUUUGGAAGAUCAGAAGGAGUUCCAAAUUGA